AUGGGAUUUAAAGAGUACGAACGGGGACGAGGGACGGCUAGUGAGGAUUGUAGAAGAAGAGAGAGGAUGAGCAGCGACGAGCAGGGACGAACAGGGAUGAGCAGGGACGAGCAAGGACGAACGAGGGCGAACGAAGACAAAUAUGGACUCAGUCCCGAGAUAUAUUCCUCUGAAGGUCAUUGCGAUUCAUUUCAAUGUUUAAUGCCACGUUGA